CAUGCCAUCGAGCUGAAUCCCUCCAAGACGCUUCUGGCCACCGGCGGCGAAAACCCCAACAGCCUGGCCAUCUACCAGCUGCCCACCCUGGACCCCCUGUGCCUGGGCGACCGCCAUGGCCACAAGGACUGGAUCUUCGCCGUCGCCUGGCUGAGUGACACCGUAGCCGUGAGCGGCUCCCGCGACGGCACUGUGGCGCUGUGGCGGAUGGACCCGGACAUGUUCAAUGGCAGCAUUGCCUGGCACAGCGAGGUGGGUCUCCCCGUAUAUGCCCACAUCCGUCCGAAGGAUGUGGAGGCCAUACCCAGGGCCAGCACCAACCCCAGUAACCGCAAGGUGCGGGCCCUGGCCUUCAGCGGCAAGAACCAGGAGCUGGGAGCGGUGUCCUUAGACGGCUACUUCCACCUGUGGAAAGCCCGGAGCACACUAUCCAGGCUGCUGUCCAUCAGGCUGCCCUACUGCCGAGAGAAUGUGUGCCUGACCUACUGCGAUGAGUUGUCCCUCUACGCUGUGGGCUCCCAGUCCCACGUCUCCUUCCUGGAUCCGCGCCAGCGCCAGCAGAACAUCCGGCCCCUGUGCUCUCGAGAAGGUGGCACAGGCGUGCGGUCUCUGAGCUUCUACCAGCACAUCAUCACUGUGGGCACCGGCCAUGGCUCCCUGCUCUUCUAUGACAUCCGGGCCCAGAAGUUCCUGGAGGAGAGGGCCUCUGCCAGUCUGGACUCUACGCCGGGGCCCGCAGGGAGGAAGCUCAAGCUUGCCUGUGGCAGAGGCUGGCUCAACCAGGAUGACGUCUGGGUGAACUACUUUGGUGGCAUGGAAGAGUUCCCCAAUGCGCUCUACACCCACUGCUACAACUGGCCCGAGAUGAAGCUCUUUGUGGCUGGGGGGCCUCUCCCUUCAGGCCUCCAUGGGAACUACGCAGGCCUCUGGAGUUAAGGAUGAACGCCUUGUUCUCAAAGUGCACAGGUUUACCUUUCAGUUCCGCCUAACUUUCCUUCUUCAGGCUGCAUUUGUGCUUUUAACUUUGUGUGGCUUUUGUCUUCCAGGUGGAACCAGUCCAACUUACGUGUGCUUCGUGUAUUAGGCAGAUAAAGAGAGAGCGGGAGCAAGCCAGUGGGAGUGAGAGAGCACAAGUGGUCUUUUCGACAGUCAAAACUUUGGCUUUAAAUCUCUCAUUCACGUUUCCCAACAGCAGUAUAUUUUUGCCUUCUCAUUCAAAGAGUUUUGGCUAAAUCUUAAUUGUAUUCUGUCUUUCAGUGAUUCACAUACCCUCCUUCUUUAGGUUGAUGCAGUCUUCACUACUAUUCAGUACAUUAGUUUUAUCAAUAUUGCAAUAGUGUUCAGAUCUUUUGCACAUGUUAGAUGUGUGGUGUUUUGGGGAAAUGUGUGCUACAAAGCAUCUUUGGGGUUGUUUUGAGGAACUACCCAUCAUUUAUAGCCUUACUCUAAUUAGAAAAUGCACUUCAGGUUCUAGAUUGCCACCAUUCUAGUGUCGUACACACCAUUCUGCAGUGUGAUUCAUUUGGAUAUUGGAAACUGAAUGUCUAUUGUUUGUAUAUUGUUGAUGUGUAAAAUGCUUUAAAAAUAUGUUCUCUUAGUUAGAAAUCUUACAAUGUUGUUCAUACUAUUAAUCAACAAUUUUGGUUAUUCAGUAAAACUUUACUAUCCUCAGGCCUUCCGUGUUCUUAUUUAAAGCCGCUAUAUUAUGGCCUGCUUUUCUAUGCUACAGAUUUUCAGAACUAAUCAAUUCUGGUCUAUGUAUGUGGUAGGGCAAUCAAGGAGGUAUUUUUUGGGGUAUAUGGGGUAAACAUCUCUUUAAAUUCAGGUAGUUAUUUACAGUGAAAAGCCAGUUGUGGCAGUUGUGCUCAGAGUAGGUGUUGCUGAUUUUUUAUUACUGUAUACAUGGAUAAUUCUGUAUCCAGUAUGUGAUGUGUUGCAGAAAAAUAAAUAAAAUGUGUUCAUCAUCUUAGCAA